UUCACUCCAGUCUUUCCAGCGGUACGUCGGCCGAACAUGCUCCUGCUCGUCCUGCUCUUGCUGGUGGUCGCCGCCUGUCUGGCGGUCCGCUCCUGGCCCGCCGUGUCCGAGUUCAGGCGCGUCCGCCGUAUGAUAGCAGAGCUGCCGGGGCCGCCCAGGCUCCCCAUCAUCGGAAAUGCGCUCGAAGUACUCAGCAGCCCCGACGAGAUCUACAACCGCGUCCACACGAUGGUCUCCACCUACGCCAGCUACGGGCCGGUGUGCCGCUUCACGUUGGGACACAUCAAUAUCCUCUUCGUUCUGCAACCCGCCGACGUCGAGGCAGUCUUGACAAGCCCCAAGGCGCUGGAUAAGCCACAGCCGUACCGGGCGCUAGAGCCGAUCUUAGGGAACGGACUGGUUACCCUAGGCGGGAAGGUUUGGCGCCGCCACCGCAAAGCGAUCUCGCCCAGCCUGCACCUCGACAUCCUGCGCGACUUCGUGCCGACCUUCUACAAGCGGGGGGUGGUCCUCGCCGACCUGCUAGCCGGGUACGCUGACAAAGGGGAGGUAUUGGACGUGACGCCACUCUGUGGGGCUUGCACCAAUAACACUGUCUGCGAGACCAUCAUGUCUUCAGACCUGGAUGAAGACGACCCUCAGAAGAUGGAAUUCAUCAGUGCAACCCAUAAGGGUUUUGAAAACUGGUUCUAUCGAGUUAGGCGUCCAUGGUUCCUAAGCGAGUGGAUUUACUCGCUGCAUCGCACCCGGUACCUGGAGUACGUUAAGUUAAGGAAAAUAUUUGACGAGUUUGUACAGAAGAUCGUAGGGGAGAAGAAGAAAGCCUUCAAUAACAACGGGAAUCCCCUGAACCCCCCGCGGAAGCGGCAAGCGUUUCUGGAUCACGUGCUAUCUUCUGAAGAAAGCGCAGCGCUGAACGAAGAGGAGCUCAACGAUGAGGUGAAGACCAUCGUCUAUGCGGCCUCGGACACCUCGAUGCAAGCCUUGUCCUUCUUCAUUUACACGCUUGCCAUCAGACAGGACAUCCAGCACAAAGUUAGACAAGAAAUAAACGACGUCUUAGGUGAUGACCGAGGGCGUUCCCUGCAGCACUCGGAUUUGAGCAACAUGCAGUACACUGAACGGGUGAUCAAGGAGGUGCUGCGCUUCUUCCCCAGCGUGCCCAUGUUUGGGCGCCACAUCACCGAGGACCUAACCCUGCCGUCUGGCUUCACCAUUCCGCGGGGCUGCGUGGCGGGCUUCUGGCUGCCCUACAUGCACCGGGACCCUCAGUCGUUCCCCGAGCCGGAAAAGUUCGACCCAGACCGAUUCCUCCCGGAGAACAUUCGUGGCCGCCACCCUUUCGCGUACUUGCCAUUUAGCGCCGGACCCAGGAACUGCAUCGGCCAGAGGUACGCGAUGAUGUUCCUGAAGACGGUGGUGGCCGCCUUAGUCCCCCGCCUGCACUUCGAGCUUCCUGAUGACGGCCACAAGCGCUUCGAGGAUAUCCCCAUCACAUUUAACCUCACCAUAUCCAUAAGCGGUGGCGCCAAAAUCCGCGUACGCCGGUGUACUACCGAAAACCAAUGAAAACCAGCAGAUCUGUGGUCUGGUCAUAUUUUCGCAUUGCUCUGCGAAUGCUCACACUCUUAAACCUGCACUGAUUUAUUUCAAAGUAAAUAACUUUGUUUUACGCAGCAGAGGAUUGCUGAAAAAUUUGUUACUUAUUGUGUAUAUUUUUGUAUGUAAACUUACUGAUGAAAUAAAAAAAUUGUCAGUUAUGUACAAAGGAA